AGAAAGUUGGGACAGAAGAAAACCUACUGGUGGCCCCGCUGAAAUUCGCCAACUCUUCCUCUGCGUUUUGCGUGUGAACACCAUCGUCUCCUCGUCUUUUUUUGCUAUCAGGAUCUCAAUCCUGGAUAGUAAUUGUGAAGAUGGCGUCUGACGAGAUUAUCUGGCAAAUCAUCAACCAGCAGUUCUGCUCCUUUAAGUUAAAAACGGACAAGAAGCAGAACUUCUGCCGCAACGAAUACAACGUCACCGGUCUCUGCAACCGUCAGUCAUGUCCGCUCGCCAACUCUCGCUAUGCCACCGUGCGCAAGCACCCCACCAAGGCCACGCUGUACCUGUACAUCAAGACGGCCGAGCGCGCGCACAUGCCGUCCAAAUGGUGGGAGAAGAUCAAGCUGUCCAACAACUACACCCGCGCCCUCGAGCAGAUUGACGAGCGACUGGCGUACUGGCCCAACUUUACGACACACAAAUGCAAGCAGCGUCUCACGCGGCUGACACAGGUGGCCAUCCGCAUGAGGAGGAUCGCCGCGCAAGAGGAACGCCUGGGCGAGAAGCUCGUACCCAAGCUGGCGCCCAAGGUGCGCCACAGGGAGGCUACGAGGGAGCGCAAGGCCGAGCGCGCGGCCAAGCUCGAGAAGACCAUUGAGAGGGAGCUGCUGGACCGCUUGCGACAGGGCGCGUACGGUGACCAGCCACUCAACGUCAGUGAGGACAUCUGGAAGAAGGUACUCAAUGCCAUGGAGAAGGACGGCGAGGGCCAGCGCGACGAGGAUCUGGACGAGGGCAUUGAUGAGGAUGACGAGGACGAGCUCGACAGCGAGGUCGAUGAUCCGGAGAAGGCGGUGCAGUACGUCUCGGACAUUGACGAGAGCGACGAGGAGCUGGACGACUUCCAGGACUGGUUUGACGAGGAGGCGGACGAGGACGACGAAGAGGACGAUGAUGAGGAUGAGGACAGCGAGGACGAGUCGGCCAAGGCCAGCCUCAAGCGCAAGAGGGCUCGCGCCGCCAAGGUACCGGCCAAGAAGCUCAAGCAGGAGAAGCAGAAGGAGAAGCUGCCCGCUCUCACCAACGAUCUGGACUGGUGAUGGUCUGUACAUGCUCCGGUGUAUAUGUUGCAUUGUUGGCGUUUGGCGCUGAGGGAGGAAAAGAAUUUCAUAUUUCAACGUCAUCAAUCUUCUAUCGAAUCUUCUUUGAACUCUGAGGCUGGGAUUAUCGCAUCUUAACAUCUGCACCACUUGACUGUGAAGACAAUUGGACAAUGUGAUAAUUAAAUCUUCGUUUGCAUAAAAGUCCCUGAAGUUUGCGUGGUGAAGCAGCAGCGCUAAACCGCAUCGGUGGGUCCCAGACGGUGGUCAAACCCCACGUCAUGCUGGCCGGCCAGCGACUGCUCAACUCUCCUCGGUGACCACC